ACCCAAUUCACUUUUUCAAACUUGUUGAAAUUUUCUCACAAUUAUUCAUAAUCCAAACCAAAUUGUCUUUAUCAUAGAUUGAAUUGAAUCAUUGAACCUGCUUAUUAAACAUUUCUUCAUAACAACAACCACUUUUCUUCACUCAAUCUCAAACACAAACCAAAUCUUUUCCAAUCCCAAUUUCCAACCCUAUUUAAUUAUUUUCCCUAAAUUAUAAUUUUAAUCACUUUUUCUCACAUAGAUAAGGUUCAUAAACAUAGUACUCUGUUUCAACCGGUUUUGUAAUCGAGAUGAUGAGAAGACAACAUGAAGAUGAACAAUCUCGAGCUUUCUACGAGCUAUCAUCCAUCGUUCUAAACCUCCUCCGUUCUUCUCCAACCCCGUUGAAUUUCUCCGAUCAUCCGCCAGGUCCCCCUUCACGCCGUUUACCUCCGCCUCAAAUCUCUCCCGCAGGAUUCGCCUCCAUGUUUCUUGGAAUCUCGCUGGCUCUUAUGCUAUGUGGAUCGGUCACGUUCUUCAUCGGGUUCGUGUUGAUGCCCUGGGUUAUAGGAUUGAUUAUGGUCCUCUACGUCGCUGGAAUCGUUUCGAUUCUCUCCGAUUUGGGUAGUUUUAUUUUUCGUUACUUAACGGCGGCGCCAGAGCCGCGCAAGGAUAAUCCAGCGUGGAAGGUUAUGUGAGGUAACAAAUGGAGAAUGAAAAUGAGGAUACAAUUUUUUGUUGUAAUUCUUCAGAUAUGGAGCUUUCUUCUCCUCAGGAAGUUACUGAAUUUUGUGGAUUAUCGGUGCAUUCAUUACAAGCUGAGAGUAAAGGUCUGCCAAAGAAUGAAGGGUUACUAUUAAUACCAUCUUUGUGAACUGAAAUUGUAAUAUUACAUGCUUUUUUGGCUCUUGUUAUUUUGUUCUAAACAUGUUAUUAACUGUAAAGUGAAAAAACAAGGGUUAUAUUGCACCCUACUGGGAAGAAUAUUUGGAGUCA